CCCAAUAAAUAUUGUAAUGUGUAUUGUAGGAUUUGGUAGAACGUAUUAAUAAAUAAAAUAAUAAUAAUUUGUCAACUACUUGUGAUGGUGAAGCCUAGUAAUUUAAAUUUGACUAUGUGAACUUACAACAUUUGAAAUCAAAAUUGGCGAAUAAGAAAAAGAAAAAAAAAGCACACUAUUGAUGAUAGUAAUCAGCAAAUGAACUGAACCAGGAAUGUAAAGCAUUACACAAACUUAUUUUUUGUAAAUUAAAGUUAUAUGUGUUCAUAGGAAAGCUAAUCUUAUAAUUAAUCAACAUUAGUUGCGACUUAUGAAAAAAAAAAACAUACCACCGAGAUGCAUGCUUAUCGUUGUUUUACAUAAAAGAAGAACAAAAACAUGAGAAGCACUUAUGAAUUUACAUUGUUAAUAACCUAAAUAAAAUUUUCUAGCCUGCUUUGUGCAUCGCACGUAAGUUGUUAAUUUUAUUCAAAGUAUUAACUAUAGUUUUUUUUCUUCUUUUGUAUUUAUAUAUAGCUAGUACUAUCUCCAAACCAAACAUAACUAAAGAGAAACUUCAAACGAAGAAAACAUCAAAAGGGCAGAGGAGGAAGCUAAGAAAAUGUCUUCCUCCUACGGCAAAGUCGACGAGCGUGAACAUGUAACGCUCGAAGCUCGUCGCAAGUCGAGGAAGAGAAUCACGAUCAUCGUCGUAUCGCUACUCGUUCUCGUCGGUAUCGUGAUCGGAGCCGUCUUCGGAACCAUGGCUAACAAGAAGUCAACGACAGUGGAAACCAACGAUAACGGAGACUCAAUCUCCGUUUCCGUUAAAGCCGUUUGCGACGUUACACUACAUAAAGACAAGUGUUUCGAAACGGUCGGAUCAGCUCCAAACGCAAGCAGCCUCAAUCCAGAACAGCUGUUUAUAUACGCCGUCAAGAUCACAAUCGCAGAGGCCACGAAAGCUCUCAACGCCUUCUCCUCUUCAGGAGACAACACCACCAUGCAUGCUUGCGUCGAGCUUCUUGACCUAACGAUAGAUAACCUCGAAAACACGUUGACAUCAUCACAAAACGGUGACGUCACGUUACCUGAGCUAGUCAGUGACCUCCGUACAUGGCUGAGCUCAGCAGAGACGUACCAAGAUACUUGUAUAGAGACGUUGGCUGAGUCUAACCAUCCAGAUUCUAAGACGUUCGGAGAAAGUCAGCUCAAGAACGCAACGGAGCUAACGAGUAACGCCUUGGCUAUCAUCACAUGGCUCGGUAAGAUAGCUGACUCCUUCAAACUCAGGAGGCGUUUGCUGAGUGCUGACGUGGCGGUGGACUUCAACGUGGGUAGGAGGUUGUUGCAGAGCACUGAUUUGAGGAGAGUGGCGAAUAUUGUGGUGGCGAAGGAUGGUUCGGGGAAGUAUAAGACGAUAAGUAGGGCUUUAAAGGAUGUGCCUGAGAAGAGUGACAAGAGGACGGUUAUAUAUGUGAAGAAAGGAGUUUAUUUUGAGAAUGUGAAAGUGGAGAAGACCAUGUGGAAUGUUGUUGUGGUUGGAGAUGGAGAGAGCAAGAGUAUUGUCUCUGGUAAACUCAAUGUCAUUGAUGGAACUCCCACUUUCCAGAGCGCCACGUUCGCUGUGUUCGGGAAAGGGUUUAUGGCAAGAGACAUGGGUUUCAUCAACACAGCCGGUCCAUCGAAACACCAAGCCGUAGCUCUAAUGGUCAGCGCGGAUCUCGCCGCCUUCUACCGAUGCACAAUGAACGCAUACCAAGACACGCUUUACGUGCAUGCACAACGUCAGUUUUACCGUGAGUGCACCAUAAUAGGAACAGUCGAUUUCAUCUUCGGUAACGCAGCCUCCGUUCUACAAAACUGCAAGAUUCUCCCUCGCCGACCAAUGAAGGGACAGCAGAACACAAUAACCGCUCAAGGACGCAAAGAUCCUAACCAGAACACAGGAAUCUCGAUUCACCGUUGCAGCAUAUCUCCGCUUGGUAACCUAACUGGUGUUCAGACGUUUUUAGGUCGGCCAUGGAAGGAUUUCUCGACGACGGUGAUAAUGGAAUCUUCGUUGAAUGGGUUUAUCGAUCCGAAAGGUUGGCUACCGUGGGUCGGAGACUCUGCACCGGAUACUAUAUUCUACGGUGAGUAUAAGAAUACCGGUGCUGGUGCGUCGACGAAGAAUAGAGUUAAGUGGAAGGGGUUAAGGUUUUUAAGUACGAAGGAAGCUAAUAGGUUUACGGUUAAGCCUUUCAUCGACGGAGAAAGAUGGCUUCCGACGGCUAAAGUGCCGUUCAGGUCCGGUCUCUGAGUUUGUUUUCCUAUAACGAGAUUUCCAAUGUAAUCUCUUUUAUUUUUGGAUGUGAAUAAAGUGUUUAUUGUUAUUCUAUUGUAUCAUUCGAUUGAUUAAUUUCAAAUCACACUAUCUAAAAUUAAACAAGGUGAGCAUAUUGUGAAUUUGUGUUGUUAUAUUAUUAGUUGAGAAUUUGUUUGUUUUUUCUUUAUUUCAUUUUGAAGAUAUAUCUUAUAUAGAUCAAAUCUCAUCCAUUGCAUAUGUAUAUGUUGGCCAUUAUACAUGUUCUAAAUGGCAAAAGCACUCUAUAUUUCUUUGAAAAGUACUUAGUUGUUCUAGAUUAAUCUCGUUCAAAUAUUUAAUUGUUCUGAAGAAUAAAACAACUUAUUAUAAGCACUUAUAAAUAAUCAUGAAUCAUGAGAAACAUUCGCUGCAUUCCUAUUGGUUCCUUUCAAUAAAAGUCCAUCUUAAGGAGUGGAUAGCACGCAUGCACCGCGUUAGAGACGUCAUUUGAACCGAUGAUAAUUAUAUGUGCAUAGAAAACGAAAUAAGAUAAUGUACAAAAAAUCAUAUUUCAUAUGUAUCUAUGCAAAAAUAAUGUAUUU